AAAGCUCUCCCUUUUUAAAUCACCGGCACAAACAGUAGCACCAGCUUUUAUCUCUCUUCACUUCUUCUUCUCUUGGAGGGGAAAAAAAAUCUCAAUUCCUGAUAUGAACAAACUAAAUUUCAAACAAGCUCAACAGAAAUUGGGGUUUACUAUCAAUGGUAUCAAGAAAUCAGAUCCCAAAGCUACAUCAGAAGGUACCCGCAAACCGUUGAAACGGAACUGUAAGCCAAUUAUUUUCAGACAAGUUCACCAACCAGAACCAGGGAUUUUGAUCACUCCGAACAAUAAAUUGGAUCCCAAAGCUACAUCAGAAAGUACCAGCAAACCAUUGAAACGAUGUUUGAAGGAAAUUACUUCUUCUACUACUCCUCCUGCAGCUAAAGAGCAGAAAUUGGACGGGAUUUGCAGGGUCUCGUAUGCAGAAACUAGUUUUUCUUCAGAUUCAGAUAAUGUUGAUGACAAGGAAGAGGAGGAGGAAUUGGCAAAAAAAAGAAAGGAGGAGGAGGAGAAAUUGGCAAAAAAAAGAAAGGAAAAGGAGGAGAAAUUGGCAAAAAAAGAAAGGUAGAGGAGGAGAAAUUGGAAAAAAAAGAAAGGAAGAGGAGGAGAAAUUGACAAAAGAAAGAAAGGAAGAGCAGGAGAAAUUGGCAAAACAAAGAAAGGAAGAGGAGGAGAAAUUGGCAAAAAAAAGAAAGGAAGAGGAGGAGAAAUUGGCAAAAGAAAGAAAGGAAGAGCAGGAGAAAUCGGCAAAACAAAGAAAGGAAGAGGAGGAGAAAUUGGCAAAAAAAAGAAAGGAAGAGGAGGAGGAAUGGGUUACUGCAUAUGGGUUUAACCCACGUGACGCAGACUUGGUAUUGCAUGAAUUAAGGACAUGUGGUGUGAUACUGAAGCAUGUUCGAGAUCUAGAUGAUGGUAACUGGAUGCAUAUACUUUUUAAGAGACGGAUCGAUGCUCAAAAAGCUCUUGGCAAGAGUUGGAUGAAGAUCAAUGGAGGUCUUAUUGUGGGUGUAAAGCCACUGGAUCCAGUUGACAAACAUAAACUUAAUGAAGAUGAUCUCAACAAACAGGAUGACCUGGAUCUCCGUCUGCUUCAUCGUUCUGCUGCCUAUUUCUUCAUUUUAGGUUCAACUGGUAAUGUGUACACUGUCAGAUUAUCCAGAAUCCCGACGUGCAAUUGCCCCGACUCAGCGUUCCCAUGCAAACACAUUCUUUUUGUGUAUACUCGUGUUCUCAAUCUCCCUUACCGUGGUGGUGAUUGUACGGCAAGCUUACUUACAGCCGUAAUCAACACAAAGGCAUCGGCACCUGAAACCUUGGCUAGUGCUCGUCUACGUAAUCGCUUUCACCAUCUUUUUCUGAUGUCGAAAGUGGGUCCCCAGGUUGGCCCCUCUCCGCCAAUGGUCAAGUUGGGAGAUGAUGCUACUUGUUCUUUUGAUGGAUGUAUUGUUCCAUUCAUGGUUAAUGGAAAUCAAUCAGAUAGUGAGGCAACUGAAGAUGAGGACGCUGAUGAAGAUAAUCAGGACUGGGGUAUUGUUCAAUGUGGUACAUGUAGAACCGUGGGACAUAAAGAGUGUUUGGCGUUUUCGAGUACAUUUAGAGGAUUGAAGGUACUUACAUGCAUGAUCUGUGAGAAAGAGUGCUGGAUGGGUCGUUCAGUACUGGAUAGCUAUCCCAACCUGACAGCUAACCUUAGCGAUGAUGAAGGUGACUGAAUGUAGUCAGAAUGGAAGAUGCUCCUUAUCAAAAUUAAUUAGGUGAUUUUUUUUCUUUCUUUUGUAAUACUAUUUGUACUCCAAAUUUCUCCCUGUAUUCUCAAUUUUUAAAUUCAAAGCGUCAAAUGUAAAAGAUAGAUUAACAAAUACUCUCUUCUGAUAGCUUCUUAAAG